AUGAAAGAUCGACAUCCAUGGUUUAUGAAAUAUUCUUUAUCACCAAGAAACACAGGGCCUUGUGAAUUGCAUGAUCCCAUGCAGAGGAUGUCAUACCUCAUAUAUUUCCCAGAGAUAAUAGGCAUGUCGGUUCAUCAUGCAAAAGAUGGUUGGCUGCUUAUGUACAAAAAGCUCUCAUCUGAGUUAUUCUUCUUCAACCCGCUUACUAAGAAGCGUAUAAAUCUACCUAGUUGUGAAUGUUAUAACGAAUCUGCGGCUUUCACAUGUGCACCUACGUCUGAAAGUUGUUUGGUUUUUGGUAUGGCACACAUCCACAAUUAUAACGUUGGAAUCAACACUCUUAAGCUUGGAGAAACCAAAUGGGACACUACUUGUUCCAUGAGUUUUGAACGUAAUUUAAGUUCUAACAACAAAAUUAUCUUCUUGGAAGGUCUUUUUUAUUGUCUUUUUGGAUUAGAUUGGAUAUCAGUUUUUGAUCCAUCUAAACGAACCAUGGAAGGUUACUGCAUAAAAUAUGAUAGAAGCCUCGGACAAGGUUCAACUGGAACGUACUUUGUAGAGAUAAAAGGAGAUAUAUUCCUCAUAAAAACAUUUACUGAUGAGAAGCUACGAUUGUUUAGAUUAAAUCAAGAUAGAGCAGGUUGGAGUUGGGAAGAGAAGGACAAAAUAGAUGAAGCGUCAACGAUCUUUGGGGCUUCUUGCGUAUCUGAAUGUAGAUCAGACCUUCCAAAGUGUUUGAGAAGCAAGCUACUCUUAUCCGAUGCACCUCACCCGAUGAUCAAUACUUAUUAUUUUGAUGGAGGAAGGUAUGUCACAAACGAUUCAGAAAUUCCAUUUUGGGAUAGAGCUGCCAAGUAUCAAUGUGUUUGGAUUGAACCUCCCAAACAAUGCUUAGAUUUUAUUUGA